AAUUACUUGGCACAAACGUGACAGAUACAACACUAAGACAAUAAGAAUCAUGAGAUCAGCUACUCUUUUUUUGUUUUCUUGUAUUCUCAUGUCUUUCAUUUUGAACCAUGUCAAAGAAGUUGAAGGUGGACUGACUCCAAUGGAACUUUGCGGCCGGAAGGAUAUAUUUAUCGGGGGAUGCAGCCAGGACGGAAACAACACUUGCAUAAACGACUUCGUUAAGAAAGGAGGUGAUGCCAAUAGGCCUUCUAGUUGCGAGUGUGAUACUUGCGACGAACAGUUAUGCCGAUGUAUAUCCUUGCUAGCUUUGUUAUAGGUCUAGAAACAAAAUGUACAAUAAUAGCUACUAGAGAAUUAACAUGGAAGAAACUAGUUCUAUGCGGUGUGUAUAUUAAUUUUUUCUGGA